AGACGUUCAUUACACCGUUUGACAUUUGAAAGUAAUUUACAACUCCGCGGUCUGCUUGACGACGUCCAACUCUCAACGCUCUCCUUGAAACCAUACUACGACAACAAAUAUGUGAGUAUAUACCUGUCUUUAAUUUUAAUACAAUUCGUUUCCGUGAAUUAAAAAAUCGUACAUCGAAAAUCAAUUUAACUAUUAAAGUUAUAGAGACGCGUGGUUUAAAUUUGUACGAAUCGCACAGAGUUUUACCGCGUGCAAGAGAGCCGUAUGGCCGAUACAACACGUGCGAUAUUUCAUGGUACGAUUUUUUGAAUUAAUUUUCCCCACGAAUUUAUAUUUUCGUCGUGAUUUCGUUCGAGCGAUACAAUUAUUGCGUCGUUGGUUCAUGUAUUUUUCCAUUGGGAUUGUGUUGAAAUCCCGGUGUACAAUAACGGAAGACUGUUAUAAAUUAUGUAUGGCAUAAAUGGUGUCUUUCAGUGUGGCUGUUGGUUUAACACGCAUAACAGGUAUUACGAUUUAGACUUUUAUCCCUAAAGUAGCAAAGGGCCAUUGGCGCACGCACUAGAGUGCCAGGGUCCUCAUGGCUCCUCCUUAGCCUCCUGUAUCUAAAGUUAGCACCCUCAGAUUUUGAGCUGAAUGAAAUGAAUAUAAUACACGGAUAGUACUCGGAUACGGAAUAAGUAAUUACCAUUAUACUAUUGUGGUAUAUUAUACAUAAUAAAUGAAUUAUUGUAUUAAAUAGUAUUUAUGUCAUAUUAUUAUGUAAAGUUUAUGUUUGUUGUAUUUUUGAGGAGGUACCUUGUUGGUCCCUUGUCGGUUAUUUAUCAUGCAAUGGAAGAUUUAAUGUGCAAGCGAUAUACAAUUGUAUUUCGAAAUGUCGGAUAGGUUGAGGGCGAACCCUCCCCCCCCCCGUUCCACCGCCGUGAUACUCUAUCGUAAAUAAUUUUAGCGCUCCAACAUUUCGGACCGAAUGUGCGCCCAUGCAAAUGGCUCUUGCAAUUUGUCCGUUAUAAAUGUAAUAAUAUUAUUUAACCCUCUGUGGACUGACCGCCGCCGCCGCCGUCCGAAAGCUCGCGAGAAACGGCGUAACUAUAAUAAUACUGGUCGUCGGAUUUUACAUCUUGUUUUGUUUUUUUUUUUUUCUUUUCCUUUCCAGUUUUCAAAUAAUUGUUUCGUGUAUGAAAUGUUAUUCUGAUCGGACGAUAUUGUUUUUGUUCGAAAGUAUUAUAAUAUUGCGCGCGCCCCUAUUGUAGAGUCGUACGAUAAAUUACUUAUCGCGAUCGGACAAACAUCUUUAUUUAUAACCGUACACAUUGAAUCGCGCGAAAUAUAAUUUCCGCGCGCUCGUGUUCGGUUUGGAUAUUAAUUGUUCCAACUGGAAAAACCCUACCGGUUCCCCCCUCCCCCCGACGUGUUUGUUAAUCUACGGUACUGCGUAAAUUAAAAAUAACCAGAAUACCAAAACAUGUCUGGCAAUAUUACCGUCCUUAUCUGCGCUCGGCGGCACAGAGCCGCGGACGCCGGUGCGCGGCGGUUCUACAGCGAACUUCGCGUAUUCUAUUUUUAACCUUAUACAAGGUGAUCCAUUUCAAGUAGGUGGACUAGUUAAAUUCCCAAACGGCUCCGGUAUUCGGUGUACACUGCGCGUAUGUUUCCUCGUAACAAUCUCUCGUAUUUCUGUGCUCAAAACGUACAGGUGCGACGCAGACAACAUUCGUGUCAUAGCUCACUUUUUACGACAACAAGUACUGUCGAAUCUAUUCGAAUUAUUAUUGGAGUUUGGAGUAUACGUUCCAAACAUCGUGGCGGGUACACACGGAGCAUCUUGAGUGUAACGUCACGAAAAUCGGUUCACGUGGCUGUUUUCGGUGUCGCGCGACAUCAUUUCGGAUCGGCCCGGGGAGCGGUCCAGAUCAAAUGAAUGCCGGGCGGGCUGCGCCGCGCUGCAAAAGAUAUGCCCCGCGUGGACAUGAUUUCGCGUCCGGCAUAAAUGCCGUUGAAUGUAUCCAUCGUAAAAUAUAUUACGUUAAUAUUAUUAUUAUUUUAAUUUAAAUAGUAUACGUUUUUAUGUGACGUAAAAAACUGUCACGAGAUAUCUACGUGCUGAUUCGUUUUGACUUCGAUUUCUGUGCAAGCAUAGAGCGGUAAAUUGCCAUCGUAUAUUUUUCGGCCGCGACCAGCGCUCGUGUUAACAGAGAUGUUAUUAACAAAUAAUUUAAGAAAUUCUCACUCGCCGAAAUGACCAUGCUGUUAGACCACAAUCAUCGGUCCGGCUAGGCACAAUAAAUUUUCGAAAUCGGCACUCGACAUGCGCAAAAAUUAUGGAAAAAACCCCGUAUUUCAUAAUUUAAUUGAUCGUCUUUCAUUACCACUCGCAAGUUUUCGGCUGUUGAAACUUGGACGAACUCACAAUUUUUUUUUCUGGAACGCGAAUCUUUAUGUCACUUAUAAGUUUAUAAUAACGCGAGUGCGCAAAUUGCAUCGUCCUUAGUAGACAUUUCGGAAUUGCCGCGAAAAGCCGCUGGUCGUGUGGACACGAUCAUGCCCCCACGAUCGUAUGCAAAAUAAUACCCGCCUUUCUAUGCCUAUAUGGAUUGUUGUUAUACGAAUUUUAUCAAUUUUGUUCAUACAAUUUAACCGGGUAUGCGAUAUGGAUAUGGCACAGUUGUAUGUAUUUGUGAACUUGUUUUGUAAAAACAACCGGAGCCGGGAAUUUUUCUUUUUGUGAAACGGGAGCCGAAUAAGCUUCGUCCGACAUUUUGAAUGAAAAAUAAAUAAUCCUACAAUUGAAAGUAUGUAAACUUCUUUGUAAUGAGAGUAUGAUAGUGUACAACCUUACCCUUCACCCCUCACCCCCCCCUCCAUAAAAUAUUUAUUAUAAAUGCACCAGUCGGAUGUUUGUAAAUAAUCGAUUAUUCAAAUAAUUGAAUAACCAUCAAUUAUUUUAAACUUACAAAAUCCUCAAAAAAAAAAAAAAAAAAAAUUAAACAAAGAAAAUAAAAAAAGAAUAAUUAUUCGGUAUUUAUUUCAUUAAAAUAUCCAUUAAUCUUUAAUUUUUGUACCCAGUUAGUAUUAGUUGAUAAAACAAUUAUUUGCGUUGCGUGAUCGGAAGUUAAUGACGCCCGAUAAUCGGUUAUUAGUAAUAAUUUAUUACAUUGAUUAUUUACUUGUAUUAUAUAAUUUUCGAAUAUUUUCAAUUAUUUUUUUUUUUCGAUUAAUCGAUAUAAUUUGCAACCCUAUUUAUAACAACGCUAAAUAAAUUUAAUAAACAAAAAAUCGAAUUAUUAUUAAUUUAUUUUUUAUAGUAAAUUUUUAGAUUUUGUAUUAUUGCUUUUUUUAUAAUAUUCUCGUACGAAUAUUACAUUAGGUUAGUUAUGUAUUUAAUGACUCAAUGAUUUCCCUUCUCCCUUUCCCCAAUAAAACAUGUUGCAACAAUAUUGCAUUACAAACAUUUUUCUACUUCUUCAUACUAUGAAAAUAUAAUAUGUAUAAUAUAAUAUUAUAAUAAAAUAAAUAAAUAAGUUAUUGUUAUAUCUUGUGUAGAAUGGCGAACCUCAGUUUUUCGAGAUGUCGUGUUUACAAAUGCAUUGUUAUUGAAGACGGCCAAGAAUAUUUUCGUUUGCGUAUGAUUAGUAACAACCGCAUUCGCACCAACACAUUAUAUUAUAAUAGUAUGUGCAAUGAUCACUUUAACUUUGCCCACCAAUUUUACGGUGGCCCUGGCGGCAACCAAUCACGCCGUGUCAGACGUAAGUAUCUACUAGUACAAUUUUUUUUUAAAUAAACUGAAUGAUUUCAUUAUCAUUAUAAUGUAUUAUUUAUUUCUGUUUUUUUGAAUUAUUGUGUAAUUGGUUAAGCUUUAUUUUAAGACAAUUUUUCAUUUUUACCCCUACUCCGUGUACUUUAAAUAAAUAUAUGCUUUUUUUUUCAAAUAGGAAUCAUCCUAUUGUGUCCUUUGAACACACAUUCAAAUAGAGAAUAUUUUUCAUUCUUAAAUCAUCUUUCAAAGUCCAUUAUAAAUUGUACUUAAAGAUCUAAAAACCAAAUUUGAGUUUAAUGCAUUAGUUUUUUUUUAAAUUUAUACAUAUAUAUAUAUAUAAGUGUUUAAGAUCAAAUUUUGUCAAAAAUCGUAAAUAUCAUAGUCUUUCAAAACAUAUAUAACCAAAUUUUGCUCCGAAAUAUUUUUCGUCUUCAAUGGUUUAUCGUUGAUUACAGGUGUAAAUUAAAUAAAUGUAUGUAUCCCACCUUCCCCACUACUCGUAUACAACAGUGACUACACUUGUCCCCAGUAUCAGCUCUUUUUUAUUUUUUUUUUAUACUGUGACAAAAAUGUCUACCAGAAAUCUUGCUUCGAUAUGUAAGUCUAGCUCAAGUGAGAAAAUUUUGUCUAGAAGGUACUUUAGGGAAAUUUUUUAUUAAUUUCCCAAGCAGUUUUCAUAUUAUCAGGAUAAAUCUGGGAUGAAACAUAAGAAAAACUGGAAAAUUGAGAUUUAUUAGACUGUUUUAAAAUUAUAGGUUUUUGAAGCUCUGAUAUUAUGUAGAUAUUAUUUUAUGUGUGUUGUAACUAUGGUAAAUAACUCAAUAUUGUCAAUUUUAUAGUAUGCCUAUCCUAGUCUAGUGAUGGUACAUACAUAUUGUUAUUACAGAGAUCACAACAUUUUUUUUUUUUUUUGUUAAAUCAAAUCAGGUAGGUUUGAGAAAAAAAAUACACCUAGAGCUUUAAACUGUUGUAAUAUGACAUAUAUAUAUAUAUAUAUAAACAGAGUGAUUCCCUAGGCUGUAAACGUGCUCAUCUUAUUGAAUGAGUAAUCAUUCAAAUCCUUCAUAAGUAAAAUCAAAUAAGUAACACUCCAUCUGUUUAUGAUAUUUUAAUAUAAACCUUCAUUUGAAAAAUCAAAGUUGGUAUCGCCACAGGAUACUCCUUAAACGUCAUAAAAAAUCUAAGUAUUCAAAAAUAUCAUUUUUAAUUACACUUUAAAAUUCCAAAAAUCAGAAUUUGAGUAUAUGCAAAAUAUAAUCAAAAAAAUGGGAUGAGAACGCCUAGGGUAUCUCACUGUAAAUAUGUUAUUAAAAAAGCAAUACUAUUUAACUGAGCUCUGCUCUGAAUCGUUUUUCGUUGGCAAGGAUUAAUCUUUGCUUGAUAUUCCCCUCUAUAUCCUACCUUCCUACCUUCCCAUUUAUUACAGGUGUCAUGUGUUAGUUUUUUUUUUUUUUUUUUUUUUUUUUUUUUUUUUUUUUUUUUGGUAAAACAAAAAUAUUAAGUAGAUAGUAGAUAUGUCUGUUUAGUAGAAUUAUUUUUUAUUUUAGUUUAAUAAAAAAAAAUGUUCUCUAUUUUUGUUUUUCUGUAUUAGGUUGUUAUAUUUGUCGAAAAAGAGGCCAUAGAGCCAAAAAUUGCACCUCCAAUAUUCCUUAUAGAUCAGAGAAUUCUCCAUUACCAAGGAUAAGUGCAAUUAUGCCAAGUACAACGGUGGUGGUGCCGAGUACAACAAUGGCGGUGCAGAGUGUAACAAUGGCGGUGCCGAGUACAACAAUGGCGGUGCGGAGUACAACAGUAGUAGAGCCGAGUACAACAAUGAUGGUGCAAAGUACAACGAUGGUGGUGCCGAGGACAACAGUUGUCAUGCAGAGUACACCAGUUGCGGCGGCUAGAGUAAUGGAAAGAUCAUCUAAGACCACAGCAGCAAUAAGAGAAACACCAUUAAGAGCAACACCAUUGACUAUGGGAACAACAUCUGUGACAGCUGUAAGAUCAAAAUGUGUGAAACAGGAACUAAAAACGUAUUGGUCACUGCCCCCAUCACGGAUGGCACCAUAUGUGAUGCCAUCAAAGAUAACGGCACUAACUGGGUCUUCAGUAACAGCAUGGAUGUCACCUUUGAUAUUAGGGCCAAGGGCACCAGCUUGGAUGUCACCUUCAAUGGGUGUAUCAAGCGCUCCAGCAUGGAUUUCACCCUCAAUAAUUUCACCAAGGACACCAACAUGGAUGUCACCCUCAAUGAUUGCGCCAAGGGCACCAGCUUGGUUGUCUCCUUCCAUUGGUGUAUCAAACGCUUCAGUAUGGAUGCCAUCCUCAAUGGUUGCGCCAAGGGCACCAGCUUGGAUGCCAUCCUCAAUGGUUGGAUCAAGGAAAACAGAAUGUAUGGCAAGGUUGACCGAGGAGCCAAGAACAACAACUGCAGUAGAGAGGAAUUAGGUGUUAACAAUGCAAGAAAAAAUAAAGAAAAUUUAAUUCAAAAGUUCUUAAUAGUGAAUUAUAAAUAUGUAAAAAAAAUUAACUAUCUAAUAUAUUUCAGAUUUAAUUUAAUUUUUGUAUGUUAAAUACAAAUAUUUAGAAAGAGGAGAUCUCUUAAUCAUUUUAAUGUAGAAUUCUACUUAAUGGUAAAAUUAAUAAUAUUAAUAUUGUUUUGCGAUAUCAUUUUAUAUUAUGUUUUGUCAUUCGCUUAAAGUUAAUUGUGAAUUAUAAAUAUGUAUACAUAAUUCAACUAAUGUUUUUCAG